UCUUUUCAGCCCUCAGCCGGCAGUUGAACGCAGCCCGUAGUCUUCGACGGGUCGUUCGUCCUCGAAUCCGUUACAUUUUUCUAACGCACCACUGUUUACACUAUUACUUUCCACGUUUGGCGAACAAUCGGAAGACCUAUGUCCUGGUGAACGAGAUCCUUUAAAUUUUCAAUGUAUAUCUCUGUAAACAUGGUGUAUCGAGGUGAUCGUUCGUGCGUGGUUCUAGUUACUAUACGGUAGUGGAACUUAAUAUCGCGAUUCAAAAGGGACGAGAAAUUUUCAUCAACUCGAGUGGACUAUUGUGAGUCGUUUGCCCGGUAAACAAAGGAUAAAAUAAUGCAUCAGGUCAAAGUGGAAUUCUCGUAGAAGUUGGCCAAUAGUGAUCACCUUCGAAGAUGUCGAAGAAGAGGCCUUAGCAUGAGCCAUACCGCUGCAUUCAGAAUCCUGACGCUGGUCCUGAUCCUCGGUGAUCUCGAGUCGGUGACAGUGGUGAACCAUCAUCCCGACGAGGAAUAUUUUUUGGAACAUGAAGUUCUUUACGAGGACGCGAUCGCCGAGGCGAAGAAGCUGGAAGUUUACCCAGGACCCAUUGUAGGUUGCAAACCUUGCACGAAUUCUGAAAUGGCAUACUGCAAGGAUGGGAGUGUCAUAAACGAUCAUUGCUGCUGCGACGGCAGUUUCAACAAGGUAUUCCCCUUCGUCAAGCACACUUGUCGCGUGGGACCAGAAGAAUGUAAAGUGCAGGCUGGAAACUGUGCCGAAUACACAAGGCUACGGGAAUGUUGUUGCCAUUCCUACUUAGCUUCUCUUUGGAAAUAUUUCGCAAAUGACGCACGGUCAUACACGGAUACGAAUCUGACAAAGUUCCUGGCGAUAGUAAUGGUGCUCAGGCUACUUCUCCGACCAGUCUAACAGUACACGUUUAAUACCAAAUAUUUUGUACAGUACGACUUAUUUUAAUAAAUUAUUUUUCCAUCGACA